UAUUUAUCAAAGCACACUACAUAUACGACCUAUUUUAUGGUUCUCAAAUAGGAUUCUGAUUUUUGGUUUUCACAAAGUAACCGCUUGAGGAAUCACAAACGUAAGCAAAACAAGUCAACAUAAGCUAAAGAGGAGCGAGAAAGAAGAAGACGCGUUGCGUUCUCUUGCGCUUGCCGUCUCACUUCCGUUUUAGUGUGAACCAACCUUUUGUAUCAUGGUGAGGUAUUUUGAUACAUAGUCCAAACACAAAGAGUAAAUUUUGAGCGCGCGUUUACAUAAAAAGAUACAGGUACCAACCAAACACAGGUACACCAUUCCAUCAAAAACUCUUUGAUAUCCAACGAACGGCUUGUGACCUUGCAACAAUUAAUUAUUCAGAGAAACACAAAACUUCACAAAAGAAAAAAAUUCCCAUUAUAUCCCUUUCACUAUCGCUUCUUCUUGCUUGCCGCUUGAGGGGGAUUUUGUGAAGAUGGGACUUUGUGAAGAAACACGUCCUCACCUAAGGCUGCGAAGACAUCUUGUUAAGAUUCUUAUCGGAGUUGCAGUGUGCGUUGUGGUAGUCAUUGCUCUUGGUUUUGCGUUUCACGAUGUUCCCGAUGUGAGACAGCUAAGAAAAAGGUUUAUGAUGGGAAGCAUGACGUCACACACCAAGAAAUUGCCGCAUAAGCAGCAUCACUUCGAGCACGCAGCAGUCGCCGCUGAUAAUUCCCGAUGCUCAGAAAUCGGGCGUGACGUUCUCAAGAAGCAAGGGACAGCGGUCGAUGCUGCCAUAGCAACCAUGCUCUGUGUUGGCGUGAUCAAUCUCCACUCCACAGGGGUAGGGGGUGGAGGUUUUAUGCUCGUUUAUAACUCUCAUCUGAAGAAAGCCGAGAUGAUUGAUUUCAGAGAGACGGCUCCUUUGCAGGCUAACAGGGACUUGUUCCAAGGCGAUGCGAUUAAGGGCAUCAAAGGUGGUCUUGCAGUGGCUGUUCCCGGCGAGCUAAAGGGUAUGGAGGUGGCGUGGAAAAAGUACGGAAAGCUUCCAUGGAAGGAUCUUUUCGCUCCCUCGAUUGCCUUGGCCAAGGAGGGUUUUCCUCUACCAGAAACUGUCUCCAUUGCCAUUAACAUAUGGAAGAAAUACCUGACAAAAGAUAAGGGGUUCAGGAAGAUCUUCAUGCCUUACGGCAAGCUCCUUAAAACAGGAGAGACCGUCAGGCGCCCCAAUCUUGCCAAGGUUCUAUCGCUGAUCGCUAAUGCUAACAGCUCCAAGCCGUUCUACAACGGCAAGCUGAGCCAUACCAUCGUGAGUGACGUUAAGGCAGCUGGAGGGGUUCUGACGCUAAGUGACCUGAGGCACUACAAGGUCAAGGUCAAGGAGGCGUUGAAGAGUCAUAUUGGUAGUAUGACCCUCAUGACAGGUCCCCCGCCGACAUCUGGGCCUGUGCUAUCAAUGAUCUUAAACAUACUAUCAGGAUACAACUUUAAGUCAUCUGAUAUGAAGAAGCACCCAGUGCGCACAUAUCACAGGAUUAUAGAGGCCUUCAAGUUUGCCUACAAGUAUCGCUCGAUGCUCGGAGAUCCGGACUUUGAGAAAAGUGUCCCUGGGGUGGUAAAUGACAUGCUGAGCGAAAAAGUAGCAAAAUAUUACCGCCACAUGAUCCUGGACAACAAGACCCAGACUCCAUCUUACUACGGCUCACGGUACCAUGUGCCCGUGAAGACUGGCACUACUCAUAUCUCGGUGCUGAGCAAAGAGGGAGAUGCCGUUUCUGUCACGAGUACCGUCAAUGGAUAUUUCGGCGCCAAGUUUAUCUCGCCCAAGCUCGGUAUAGUCUACAAUAAUGAGAUGGAUGACUUCAGCGCGCCCGGAAUAACCAACGAGUUCGGCUUACUCCCUGCACCAGUCAACUUCAUCAAACCAAACAAGCGACCACAAUCAUCUGCAGUACCGGCAAUUAUACUGGACAAGUUUGGUCACGUGAACAUGGUCGUUGGGGCGGCAGGGGGGACCAUCAUUACCACAUCUGUGGCACAGGUGAUCAUGAACUACUUCUGGUUCAACAAAAAUCUCCAGAAUGCGAUCACAAUGCCUCGGCUUCACGAUCAACUCUAUCCCGAUUACGCGUUCGCGGAGACAUGGAUGCCGGAGAGCAUAGUCAACGGGCUUCGCGCUCUCGGACACAAGGUAAAUGUGAGUGACACUAGCCACGGUGUGGUCCAGGGCGUGGUAAAGAUCCCCUACAAGUACCUCAAGACGGAUAACCACGGCAAGCGGAAAGGAUAUGUGCACAGGAUGCUACAUCAAGUCUAUGCCGAGUCAGACUUCCGAAAAGGAGGGCUGCCAGCAGGAUUCUGAGAACAACUCCGAUAUUGCGGGAAUUUUGGGAAGUUGUCGCUUGGUGGAAUCUUGACAGGUGGUCAUACGUAACCAAAGUAGCAAGGGAAGUUGCUUGGUGGUAUCUUGACAGGUGGUCAUACGUAACCAAAGUAGCAAGGGAAGUGGUUGUUUUAAAGAGGUAUAAAAUACAGUUUUUGACUGACCAUUAUUUCGGGACUUUGUGAAGUGGUCGCUUUAUACAGUUUUUGACUGACCAUUAUUUCGGGACUUUGUGAAGUGGUCGCUUUAUAGAGCAGGUAUUCCUGACUGUUAUGUCUGAGAGAGGACGUACACUGUUAGAACCGUUAGUAUGGGCAAAGAAGAGAGGGGGAAAUACUGCAACAAAGGGACUUGAAAGAGUAGUUACUAGAGAGUAACAAAUCACUAGGGGAGAGGGGGUAAUAGACAAACGGCUUUAAGUAUGUAGAGGAUCUUGGACGUAACACUGAGGUACCAUAUAGCUCUUUAUAACAAUUGAAACUUCUAAACGUUUUUAAUAAAAUACUUUGCAUACACUGUA